GAGGGAAUGGAAUGAAUGCACCCACAGGUGGGUGUUGGGUGGAGAGGAGCUCACAGCGAGGGUGGAAACCAGCAACUCUUGAGGCGAGACUGUGGGCGCUCAGCUCAGAGCGUCAAGGAGACUUUCAAGACCAAGGAGAAGUCAAAAGGGGAGAUGGCAGCGCGGUGGGCCAUGCUGGGGCUCUUGGCUGCCUGCGUGGCCAGUGCUGCGAAGGAAUCUGUGCUCAACAUGUGCAUGGACGCCAAGCACCACAAAACCAAGCCAGGCCCGGAGGAGGUGCUGCAUGGCCAGUGUGUCCUGUGGAAAGACAACGCCUGCUGCACGGCCAACACCAGCACGGAGGCUCACCAGGACCAGUCCUACCUGUACAACUUCAACUGGAACCACUGCGGGGUGAUGCCAGAGAAGUGCAAGCAGCACUUCAUCCAGGACACGUGUCUGUACGAGUGCUCGCCCAACCUGGGGCCCUGGAUCGACCAGGCGGAUACCAGCUGGCGCCGGGAGAGGAUCCUCAACGUGCCGCUGUGCAAGGAGGACUGCGAGCUGUGGUGGGAGGACUGCCAGGACGCUGUCACCUGCAAAGAGAACUGGCACAAGGGCUGGAACUGGACCUCAGGGACCAACCGGUGCCCCCGUGGCUUCAUGUGCCAACCGUUCAAAUACGUCUUCCCCCGGCCGGCGGACCUGUGCGAGAAGAUCUGGUCCAACUCGUACAAAUACACCACGGAGCACCGGGGCGGCGGGCGCUGCAUCCAGAUGUGGUUCGACCCUGCCAACGGGAACCCCAACGUGGCCGUGGCCAAGUACUAUGCCCAGAACGGGAGAGACGCCUCUCCUGCGCCGCAGGCUGUCCUGCUGCUGCUGCUGGCUGCUCUCCUGUCCUUGCUCUGAGCAUCUGGAAGCUGCUAGUCCUUGGGUCUUGAAAUAGCAGGGCUUGGUGGCUGGCUGAAAGCACCCUAGCUAUGGCCUCUGACUCUGGCAGCUCCACUGGCUUAUACAGGAAAUAUUUCUUCUCUAGGCAUGGGGUGUGUUCACCCUGUGGCCCUGCCUUGGGCUCUGGCCGGCAGAUGAUUCAAGAUUCCAUCCAGCUGCUUCUAACCUGGACAAGACUCAAUAGAACCAGAUUAUCCCCAUCCUCUCCUGCCCUUGAACGUCACUCACUCCAUGGUUUUAUUGUCUCAGUGUUCUCCUGCCACGCUCCUCUCUUCCAGCGGGCUCUGCGGGGAGAUCCCUCCACGGACCAUGUCCCUGGGGACUGAGCUCUGUAACAUGCUGUGACUCAUUGGCUGGGUGCACUUCUUCUGUUGGGUAGCAGAGCCAGGCAGGUCCCCUCUGAUGAUGGUGCCCGCAGUCAUCUGCAGGGCUGGCUUUAGGCCGAUUCGCCCGAUUCCCGUGAAUCAGGCCCCGCACCUACCAGGGCCCUGCAGCAUCUGGAAGAGGGGCCCUGCAAGGUAAGGAAGGACCCUCCGCUGAAGUGCCGCCGGAAACAGCGGCAACCGAUUGAGCUGCCGCUGAAGAUAGUGGCAGCAAUUCAGCAGCAGCUCAAUCUUCGGCGGCAGCUCAAUUCGGCGGCAUUACAGUGGCAUUUUGGCGGCAGCUCUUUCUAAUCAGGGCCCCGCACGUCCUAAAGCCGGCUCUGGUCAUCUGGGUGCUUGUGCCCCUCAGCCCUCCAUUGCCAGGAUUGGCCACUGUCUUUGCACUUGAAUGUGCAGAGCGGGAGAAACCCCAAAGGGAAGACGGCAGCUAUCUGGGGCUGGGCGGGGGAGAGGAGGAUGCAGGGGAAAGGCGGUGGGACG